CGACGGCGACGGCCGCCACCGCCAUGAACGACUACAUUAGCAACGACUACGGCAAUGAAUGGGGGGAGUCGAAUCUACGUGCAUAUUUGGGUUGGACCUGAACGUCCCACUGACAAUCAACGGCGAUGCUGAGCAGACGGAUCCGGCAGUGAAGGAGGCGUUGAACGCUGAUCUAUGCAUGGUGGAUGUUCUCCCCGUUCUGGACGUGGAGGAGGCGUUGAACGAAGAUCAUCCUGAACGACAUGAUAACACAGAGAACGUCCAAUGUGGACUCGACGUGGAGAACAAUGACAAGUUCGUGCGGCAUUCUGGCCAUCGCGUUGAUGUCGACGACGGCGUGGACUGCAGCUAUGGCGGUAGGGUUUACCUGUGCCGCUACUACUUCUUUUUCAUUUGUACCGUUUUACUAUUGGUACAAAUAUUAUUGUGUCAAUAAUGGCACCAGUACCACUGUAUUGGUACCGGGACUUCUAGAUGGUUACCAAUACCACUGCUUUAGUUCCAGUACAGCAGUACCAGAAAAUGACACAAGUACCACUGAUUUGGUACCAGUAUUACUGGGAUUUCAAGGUAGAUAGUGGUAGUCAUGUACUGGUACAUGUAUGGGUACAUUUGUAGUGGUACAUAUACCAGUAGUUAUAGUUCCAGUUAGCUAGUGGUAGUCAUGUAGCAGGUUCAUUUGUAGUCAUGAGCCUGACCCACAACUGCGAAAUUCUUUGGGUGCAAGGGUUAAGAAGUUGACAGGGACUAUAAAUGUUUUGGCAACUCGGCUUGCUGCAAAUGAUGAGGUAUAUGAGCUGAUGACUUAUACUUUGGAAAAGCUCACAAUAGAAGCUGAUGACAUCAUUAGAAGUCACUGGUACAUGUCACACUGGUAGAAAGUACCAGUCAAUUUACCGGUACCAAAAUAGGAGUUUUUAGUUGUAUACCGAUACUAGUAUUAGGUAUCUACUGGGUAAGAUUACUAACACAUGAUUAAACUUUCCGUGUAGGAGCACCUAAAUGGACUGAAAACAUGAACGAUGACCCUUUGUCAAAUCGAGAACCCAAUGAUGAAGCAGAUUUUAUAGGGUCCAAAGUGAAGCAGCGGCAGGACAAGCGAAUGUAUAAGAAGAGGCUAGUGUCGGUUCGGUAAAUAGUAAACGAGCGGGUACGAAAACAAUUGAAUCACGAGCUCAACAGCAAGAGGAAGAAGAAGAACACUUAAUUUUUUUUUAGUGGUUACUAGCAUGUUUCAUUUUACUUGUUUUACAGAAGUGGCAACCUAUCAGAAGAGACGUAUAAUUUGCUUCUGACCAAAACAUUUGAUGUCUAAGAAUGAUUUUUUAUUAUUAUCUUUACGUGGUACUAGUACAUCCGAUAGUGUACCAUUGAUUGUGUACCAGGCUUAUUUAUGCUACCAGUAGCACCGAUUUUGUACCAGUCUUAAUAUCGAUACCAUUGACAAUGUUUCUGGUACCAGAAACAUUCAAUUGUUAACAAUAACAUUUGUUACAAAAUAUUUGUAACAAACUAUUUGUACAAGUCUUAUUUAUGCUACCAGUAGCACCGAUUUUGUACCAUUCUUAAUAAUGAUACCAUUGGCAA